AUGCACGGCCGCGCCCGCUGCGAUGCCGUGGACGAGAUGCAAGUCGAGGCGCUCUUGCUCGGUGGCCACGCAGCGGCGCCUGAGCGCAUCUGCCGCAUGUGCUUCGACAGUGCCGUGGCGCCCGGCGACCGGCUGCUCGCGCCCUGCCGGUGCCGCGGCACGAUGAAGUACGUGCAUGCGUCGUGCCUCGACGAGUGGCGCGCCAAGUCGCGGCGCACCGACUCGGCUCGGGCCUGUGAGCAGUGUGGCGCGGCGUACCGGCUGCGUGUGACGCCGGCGAUGUGCCUGCUGGGCUCGCGUCUCGUGCGUCUCGUGCUGACCGUGGCCCUGUGCCUCGCGCUUGCGCAGGGCGCGGGCGUCCUUGCGCGUAUGGCGCUGCAGCGCGCGGAGCCUGGCCUGUUUGGGGCCAUGCACCCAUGGGCGUUGCAGUCGGUGUCGUACGAGCCCAGCGCUGAUGCCCAGCCGUCGGCGCUGCCGCCCAUGGAGCGCGGAGCCGACGGCCUCUCGAUGCUGUGGGACGACCUGCUCGGUCCGGUAGACGAGACGGAGAUGCCGUCGGACACGUACUUGUAUCUCACGGGCCUCGCGCAGCCCAUCGUCCUCUUGCAGGCCGUGCAGGGCAUGCUGCAGCGGGCGCUCGAGAUGCUCGUGCGUGCGCGCUUCUCGUGGCCCUGGCAGCGUGUUGUCACCGUGCAUAGCUCGCCUGCCGGUGCGGCCGGACCCCGCGCGCCGCCGCCGCUAUGGCGGCAUGCGCGCCUGUACGAGCACACACUCGGACUCGCGCUCGUCGGCCUGACCAUGAACUUUCACACGGUCGGCUUCGUCUCGUCGCUGAGCGUCCUGUACACGGGCCUCCCGUUCGUGGCGGUCGCCAUGUAUCCUACCGGGGAGCGCGCGGCCCAGGCAGCGGUCGUGUGGGAGAGCGACCACUGGCUCGGCCCCCUGCUGCUCGUGAUCGUCUUGUGGGGCCUCGUGCGCACGUUGGUGGUGGUCUUCGAGCAGCUGUCGUUCCUAGGGCACUACGUUGUGGCCCAUACGCCGCGCCUCGUUGCCGACUAUGGCGAGGCGGGCGCUGCGCCGAGGCCCUGGCCACACGCCGCGCCGCGCCUGUCUUGGACGCAGUGGGCUCUGCAGCGCAUGCUACGGGGCCACGCGGCGGUGCGCGACCUCACUGACCCGCGGUUCGUGUGGAUGCUGGCGCAGGCGGGCGACUAG